GCGCGUCACGCGGACGCGGAGCCUCAGAGCGCAGGCACAGGUUUUUCACCCAAGGCGUUCAGUUGGGAUAAAAACUCACAUCAGUUCAUUUUCUUUUUGUUAAUUUUUUCUUAAUAUAUCCGGGCAAAGCCUUUUUUUAAACAUGUAUUUUUUGUAUUGCGUUAAAGGGAGUCCGGAGCAAGGAUCCAAAGACGCACCUGACCGGAACGAAGAAUAUAUACGCAUUUUCUUUGCGUAAAAUGUUUUGUGUCAGCUUGGAAAAGGAGAGGACCCCUUACGUGCGGAUAUUAAAAUCCUCACGUUUGUAUUAGCCAUCAUUAUAUUUGUGGUGGAAAGCCAUGGAAAACGACACCACGUGGAGUAAUUUCUCAGAGGUCCUGUCGGAGCUGGACGGGACAAGCGGUGAGGAGGAGGAAAGCGGCGGUGGGAGACGCGGAUUGCGCGUCCUCGUUGGCUGCAUCCUUUUCCUCCUCAUUGUGUCCACGCUGCUCGGGAACACACUCGUGUGUGCAGCUGUGAUCAAGUUCCGCCACUUGCGCUCCAAAGUCACCAACUUUUUUGUGAUCUCUCUGGCCGUGUCUGACCUGUUCGUGGCUGUCCUGGUGAUGCCGUGGGAGGCCAUCACUGAGGUGACCAACACCUGGUUGUUUGGACGCUUUUGUGAUGUCUGGAUCACCUUUGACAUCAUGUGUUCCACAGCUUCGAUCCUCAACCUGUGUAUCAUCAGCGUGGACCGGUACUGGGCGAUUGCAAGCCCCUUUAAGUAUGAGCGAAAGAUGACCCACCGGGUGGCUUUUGUCAUGAUUGGAGUUGCGUGGACAUUGUCAAUUCUUAUCUCCUUUAUCCCAGUGCAGCUGAACUGGCACCGUGCUGGAGAGGAGGAUGUGAUGGAGGAUGUGGGAGCUCUAAAGGUAACCAGUGAGAAAAACCUCACAAAUACCAGCAACUUCAAUGCAACUCCCAUCAUUGGCAUGAGCUGCGUGGCCAACCUGAAUAAAACCUACGCCAUCUCCUCCUCUCUCAUCAGCUUCUACAUCCCCGUGGUAAUUAUGAUCGCCACAUACACCCGGAUCUACCGCAUUGCUCAGACCCAAAUCCGUCGGAUUGCGUCUCUGGAGCGGGCUGCCGAGCAGGCACAAAACCAGGGUCACGGCAUGAGCAGGAACCUGCAGCAGCAGCACCGGCCCAACGACGAAGCCUGCCUAAAGUCAUCGUUUAAGAAGGAAACCAAAGUUCUGAAGACACUUUCAAUCAUCAUGGGCGUGUUUGUGUUUUGCUGGCUGCCAUUCUUUGUCCUGAAUUGCACUGUCCCGUUCUGCGACCCACCGUGUGUCAGUGACACCACAUUCACCGUGUUCGUCUGGUUUGGCUGGGCCAACUCCUCUCUCAAUCCUGUCAUCUACGCCUUCAACGCCGACUUCCGGAGAGCUUUUGCCACCAUUCUGGGUUGCAACCGCAUCUGUUCAAACAACACAGUGGAAGCUGUAAACUUCAGCAACGAGCUGGUUUCUUACCACCAUGACACAACAUUCCACAAGGAGGCGCUGGUCCCUGCUCAGCCACAGAAAGGCCCUCACACUCUCAGCGUUGGUUCUGACCCCUUGGGAGAUAUGGGAGCGCAUUUCGAUGAGGAAUCAAUCAUCUCAAAUGGCUCACCUAGCCAUGAUGGGCUGCUGCUGCUUCCUGCCGCUGUGCAGCUGGAGGACGACACUGAUAUUUCACUGGAAACAAUCACACCAGUCACGUCAGCAGGGGGCCUGGAGAGUGAGGCUAUAAUACCAGGACAAGUCCCCCAAGAUGGACUGGACAGAGAAUAACUUAGCUGACCAAUAGCAAGAUCAGCUCUUAGUCUCUCGAGAAUGAAAACUUUCUGAGGGGAAAAAAAUCAUGUGACGAUUGUGUUUUUUAUCUCAUAAGGUUUAAAUUGACAUUACUGAUUUUUUGCAGUGGUCUUGUAGGCUGUAUUGUUGGGGAUUUUCUUUUACUGUAGUAGAAACAUUACAAGGUCAAACAGUGCUCCUGCAAGAUUUUCCUGCUCUUCAUAAAAGCAAUGUGUAGAAGUUCUCUGAUAGGCAGUUUUAUUUAAUUGCUAUAAAUACUGUAAAGUUGCAAUGCAACAAUAUUUACUGUAUUUAAUGAAUUGAUAAUUGAGUGAGAAUAGGGCAUAUUAGCCUGCCAAGUUCAUACAGUGAGCCAAAAAAGCAUGUGACAGUUACAGAUUCUGCAAAUUAAAAAUGUUGUCAUCAUCGGUACACUUCAACUGUAAGGGACAGAAUGUUAAAAAGAAUCAAGAAAAUUACAUUGAAAGUUUUUUUUAAAGAUUUUAUUGGUAAAAUGAUGCAGAAAAUGCUGUUUUGCAAAGGCCUUAGUGACUGAACAGUAUUGAUAAAAGAUUGAAUGGGACCAUAUAUGAAGAGAUUUGGGGCAAUUUCCUACUUCCAUUAGUGAGUGUAUCCAGGAUGAAACUUGGCUGGAUCUUCCAGCACGAUAAUGAUCCCAAACUCAUCCCCCUGCCAACAAAGGUGUGGCUUCCAAAAAAAGUCAAUAUUCUUGACUGGCCUAGCCAGUUUCUAGACCCCAGUCCAAUUAAGAAUCUGUGGAGGGAGUUGAAAGUCUAUGUUGCCAGCAACAGCCCUAAAUCAUCAUAAGUCUUAAGAAGAUCUACACGGAAAAAUGGGUGAAAAUAGUGUUUGCAAACCUGGUACAGAUGGCCGCUUUCCUGGUUGAUUUUCAACAUACACAGUAUCUGGCAGUUUCAAAUUUGUCUGACACACUUGAACCAGGUAAUCAGCAAUGAUACUUGAAAAACAUGGAGACACUUUGGCGAUUGAGGGUUGGAGUUCUACACCCCUGAACAAUAGGAAACAUUUGACCUUUUAUUGCAAAGUAUUGAGAAGUUUUGUUAAAGACCAAACAUUUUUUAAUGCACCUUUACAAAAAAAAUGUUGAAAUAUAAUAAAAAAAUUAGCUUAUUUAUUUAUUUUUUACAUUCUGUUUCUCACAUAUGAAGUAUAAUGAACAUACAGACUUGUCAAUUUUUUUAAAGAGGGAUAACUUGCAGAAUUGGUGACUGUCAAAUACUUUUUGCCCCAUUGUGUGCAUUACUGUGAAAACAUUUCUCAUAUUUGUUCUUGUGAUUCUAGUUUCCUGGUUUGAUUUCAUGUGGUUGUCAUUCAACAAUUUUUAUUAUUGUAGUUUUGUCUUCUAACAUUACUGAAUGAAUGCAUGGGUUUUAUAAAUAUUAGCUAGAAAAAAACCAUUGCUCAACAUUAACUAUAUAAAUCAUAUAAAUGUAUACCAUAUAAUAUAAAUUAUAUCAUUUAUAAUUAUAUUACAUGAAAAGACCCAGAAAGUAUUUUAAACAUGUUUAUAAAAAAAUCCUGUUAAAUGAAUUUUAAAACAGAAUCCUAUUUCUGAGGCAAGAAACAACUUAAUCGCAAGAAAAGAUUAGACUCAUUUGUUAGAUUAAAUACUAUAACACUGUUGUGUUUGUCAUUCUUGUUUUCUUGAUCUGAUGUUUUUGGUUCAUUCUACACUAUCCUUUUGUGUUACUUUGAUUUCCAGUCAGCUCUGGAGAUGAAACGGAGUUGAGGCACCUAGUGACCACACGUGGACCACACCUCUGAACCUUACAGGUGUCCGCUACUGCAAUCUCAGAGAGUGCAUCAUCACAGCAGUCUGGAAAAAGGGGUUGUUCAGGCUGCAGCUCUGGUACAUUUGCGGGAUAUCUUGUUUUUAUAAUAAACUAAAGACAAAAAAGUUUCAUGUGAUCUGAAAGUUUGAAUGAUUUGAAAAACAGACAAAAGAACAGAGUUAAAAACACAUCAAACUCUUGUACGGUGAAAGAUGUGAAGUACACAGUGAUGCAAGUUCUUAAAGCAGAAGUGAAAUCAAGAUACAGCAGUGACAACAUUGCCCCCAAGCCAGACUUGUUUUCAUUAUUAUUUUAGGCCGAGAUGGUAAACAAAUUAGAGCUCUGACAAUCAACAUCCAGGUUACUCAUCCGCUUUAGUCUGUGAAACUCAUUUUUCUUGUCUGCUUUUGUCUCAGAGUCAAAAAAGGAGGCUAUCAGUACAUUUCCCAGCUUUUAAAUGAUGUUUACUAUUGAAGAUCACAGAAAGAACAAUGACAUUAAUGACCAACUAGAAAAAAAUACUUGUAGAUUUUGGAGCUUCAUGUAAUAUUGUGACACAAUGCAUCUCUAAACUGUUGAUAUUACAAAGUCACAUCAAACAGUACAUUCUAAGAGACCACUCCAUGUUAAAUGUGAUUUAUCUGCCAACUUUUGAGCUGAUGAAACAUCAGAAACUGUAACCAAUCCAAGAGGUUUAUGGACCACACAGUGAUAGGCAAACAUUUUAAAUAGGAUGAGAGUUGUACAUUUUCCCAUUUGAACAGCAAAAUGGCAGUUUUCACAACAGAGAUGGAGCACAAAAACAGUUUUCAGGAUUUAGGAAAACUCAGACUUCCAGCUGAACCUGCAUGCAGAUGUGGUCAGAACUCCUAUGCAAACGAGGUAAAAUCCUAGAUCCACUGCUUUUGUCAGAGCUUUAUUGCUAUAUGUUUGCCAUUUCAUAUGCACCUUAAGUGCACAAUUUGCCAGAUAUUUUGGGAGAAAUCUGGCAACAUUGACUACAAUGUUUUUCAACUGCUGUGCUUCCACUGAUCUAAAAAAAAAAAAAAAAAAAAAAAAUGUAUUUUCUCCAGGAUAUCAGCUCUAUGUUCAUCCAAACAGGCCUUGAUAAAACCCUGAGUAAUUGGGAAGAAAAAGAUUGUACACUUUGAGUCUGACAUAAUGGCGGUACCUAUUUAGCUGCAGCUUUAGCUCUUUUUCAGAAAUUUAAAAUAGCAAUUUAGUUGAAAAAUUACAGAAAACAGCUGCAACUCCCAGCUUUGUCACAAUCACAAAAAUGCUAGUGAGAUUGGGACUGUACAAUACAGACCGGGUUUCUCCUCCCACCCCCCCCAAAUUUUUGGAUGCUGGUGUGCCUUGGCUCAAAAUAAAAAUUAGCCACUUGACUACGCCAAGUGCUGUAAUAUCUAAGGGUCACUAAAGUUUCUGUAUUUUCAAAGACUUAAGUCCAGGUUUGAAAGACAUGGUCAUCUUUUCUACACCAAGGUUGUAGAAGUCUCAGCACUGGCUAACCCUGGCCCUCAAGAUAUCCAUCUCCUUAAGGUAACUUUGAGUUGAAGUAUUUUCUCCAGUUAAGAGUUUGAGCCUAAAUGGCACAGAAGGCAUGGUACUGGAGGUUGUGACUGAACAUAUGGCAG